AGUUCAUCACUUAGUCGCUAUCGUGAGUCACUGGAAGGAACAACGAGCCUCGGCAGUGUGCCGGAAGAUUGCCCAAAAAAAUAGUUGACUGAGCUGAGUCACUCCUAGAGUUCACGUUGCGUCCAGCAAUUGGUUGGUUCAGUGUACAUCGUUUGAGUUAACGUCGCGUCGCGCGCAGUAAGCAGUUCGACUAUCGGCGUGAUCCAGAGCGCACACGUGCUUCAGUUUGUGACUUAGUUUUAGAUCGUGCCCAAAACCGAAUGCAAGUCAUUUAUUGCUGGUGUUUUUUUUUCUCACUUAGUUGGUGUGGAUAAAGCGCUUGUGAUAAACACUUGCAAUAAGUUAAUAAACAAUCCCGAAGGAAUUUUGCGAGAUAAACUGCGAUAAGAUAAAAAACGUUCACCGUUAGCGUGAACAAAGUCUUCGGACUUAGUACGUGGUCGGAUUUGUAGUCGGUAGGUCGUGAUUGAUCGCAUCUGUCGUGGAACCACAGUGUCGGUAGAAAAGUACGCGAUGACGAUUCUUAGUUCAGGGGAGAAUUGUGGAACCCCGGCACCACCUCCGCCGCCACCGCCAAGCUCUGCAUCAACGUCACCAUUACCGCGCCUGAACAGCGCAGAUGGAAGCACUCCCGACAAAAACAUGCUGAUGGUUGAUAUCCGCAAUGGAAUUACGCUGAAGCCGACUAAAACUAAAGAUAAAAGCACUCCAUCAUUUAUCAAGAAAUCUGGCGGUGCCAACAGCAGUCCAUCAUCACCACCCGCGCAGCUUAAUGGAAUUAGUGAAGAUACUUCGUUCGUAGGAAUGAAGGACGCACUUCAGGAGGAAUUAAGAAACACCCUCAAGCGAAAGGUCAAGAAGCAGGACGUGGAACGUGGUGACAGCACCAAGAAAGACGAAAUCGAAAAAGCAAUGGAAACGAACCGAACUGAAGUUCAGCUUAAAGUGAACACAGGUGUCAAGGCAUCUCCCUCCUUGGCACAUAAAGAUGUUCUGAAUGUGGCUAAAACAACUAAUGGUGUGCAAUCAGUUCCAAGCAGAGUUGUCAAUCUAAACAAUGUUCCAAACGGAUCUGUUGUUAAUGCAGAACAUAAGAAAACAUCCCCAAUGUGGCCCCGAAAAGAAAUAGUGAACACAAGCCCGGUGAAAAGUAAUGGAGUCCAAUUACCACACGUUAAUCAACAACAGCUAAAACCAACAACAGAUCUGAAUGGAAGUAAAUCAUCAAUUGACCAGCGUAUUGAACCUAAACAAAAUUCUUUUCCACAAUCAGCUCCACCGAAGCCUGCCAGAUUAUUGCAAAAUGACGUGGUGGAAAACAAGAAACCAGUUGAAUCGUCUGCCAUUAGCAAUGGUAUAGAAUCCGUUAAACGACACACACCAAUGAAAGUGGAAAUAAAACCAUUCGACAGUUCCAAAACGCCGCUAAAUGGAACAUUGAGGAAAGUCAACCAUCAAAAAGACCUAACAAUAGAUGUCGACGUUAGUCAGGAUGAUCGACUGAAAAAUACUAUCUUAUCUCCUGGUGUAAAAAGUGGUACCGCGUCGAUACGGCCAUCGCAGAUAAAAUCACUGACUAAGCAGGGCAGUCACGUUUCACAUAUUGAUAUACUGGAGAAUCCCAAGCCCAUUAACAAAAGCCCCAUUUCACUCAAAGAAUCCCCCAAUUAUUCAUAUACCCCGCCCACUCCGAAGAGCAUCAGUCCGGCAAGCAGUGGCCAAGCAUCCCCUCGGACUCCCACUCGUACCACUAUUCUUGAUACAAGAAUCAGCAACAGUCUGAUCACGCCAAAACCAGAUCCGAGCUCACCGCAAAAGAAGCUCAUGAUAUCCCACCCCAAGGCCAGUUUCACACUGAAGCGCGGUUCGUCCGCCAGUCAGCAAAACUUCGAAAACACCCAGUCGACGGAACCCAAACCUGUGUUCCGGAUUCUAUCCAACUUGGAACAAUCAGAACGCGUGGAGGCAGACCGCGAAGCUAAAACGUUGCCCAGACAGUCGCCCAAAAAAGUUCCUCCCAAAGCGGACGAACCGGGAGUGGAACCGGUGCUCACCUCGUACGUGAGUUUCGCCAAAGAGCUGGCCAACGCCCCCAACAACUAUCCGGACACCGUAACGAAACACACCACGGUGGGCGUCCUGAAGCAGGAUCUAUUCUUCGAUAACACCAACCUGCGAGACAUCAAAAUCGAUAUCAUUGAGGGUGGUGGUCAAUUGAAGGUGGUGAACAAGUGAACGCACAUAGAGUGCGUGCCGAGUAGGGACCAGAUAAGCAGAAUAGAUAUCUAGGCGUAAUUUUAAGACUGAGAAAAUGCAUAGCAACGUGAUUGAAUUAUGGUAUGAAUAGUUGCACGCAAUGGGGCGUGAUUUAGGUUGUUUUAUUUUUCGUGGGAAAGCGAUUAAAAGCAAGUGAAGUUCCUUAAUUGUAAGAUUCGUAGUUCCGUUUUGGCCAGUCGCUUUAGUUCAUAUUCAUGCCAUGCCUUAUUUAAAGUAAACAUAUU